UCUCUUCUACGUUGCACUUGUCCUGACAGCGUGCCACCUACUCCAUAUCACCAAGCCAAGCACCAGGGUUUUGCCCGCCGCCGCCGCCACCACCGACCUCUCCUCCUUUCGAGCAUCCACGGUCGCCGCCACCGCCACGGUCGGCCCUCCGAUGGAGGUGCCGCCGGAGUGGCCGGCGGGCCGGGUCCGGGAGGUUUUCAUCGACUUCUUCACGUCCAGGUCGCACACGCCAUGGCCGUCGAGCCCCGUGGUGCCCGUCGGCGACCCCACGCUCCUGUUCACCAACGCCGGGAUGAACGGGUUCAAGGCGAUAUUCCUCGGCCUGGCCGCCCCGGGCUCGCCGCUUGGCCGCCUGCGCCGCGCCUGCAACAACCAGAAGUGCAUCCGCGCUGGCGGCAAGCACAACGACCUCGACGACGUGGGCAAGGACACCUACCAUCACACCUUCUUCGGGAUGCUCGGGAGCUGGUCCUUCGGAGACUACUUCAGGGAGGAGGCCAUCAUGUAUGCGUGGGAGCUCCUCACCCAGGAGACAUGAGCAUAUCUAAAGACAAGACAAGAAAAGAAAACUCUGGAAGCCAAGUCAAAGGGAAGUUUGAUAUGCUCCUCAUGAGGAACCUCCUCUCCUCCUUCGGUCCUCUCCCAAGUCCUCCUGACGAGGAACCUCCAUUGCUGAUGCUGGUGGCUUCUUCCAUGAGGAACGAGAGUAGCUGGUGGUGGAUCUCCAUGUCAGAAUGAGCCUGAGGAGCGUGCUGAUGAUGCGUGCACUGGGCACCGGAGGAGAAAGAGAUGGUGUAGCCGUGCUAGUAGCAGGAGUGAUUAUCUGCAGGUAGAAGCCUUUGUCCUUGUUGCGCCUCCGCACCUCACUAGAGCGGCCUCGCCUCGUGUCAUGUCGCCGUGCGCCCAAGCCCCAAGUCCAAGUCGCACGCACACCCCGCACGCGGAUGGGUAACUAUCCCUAAUAUAUAUAGUGAUGGUAUUAGAAGCAUGGCAGAGAGAACGAGGAGCUAGCAGUGUCGUGGAUCAGUGAGGUGGCACAAGCACACCCUUGCUGGCUGGUGUAGAGAACAAGGAGGCCACGGAUCGAUGAGGUGGAACUUGCCAACUAGUUGGCAUCCCUAGGGCGUUUUAUGAUGUGAUGAUGAUGAUAGCAGGUUUCCAACAACUAGAGCUAAAUGGAGCAUCAACCUUUUAUUUAUAUGGAUCACUGACCUUUCACAAAAUAUUAACAAAGGCAGUGUAAAUUUAUAUGAAUUUGGGUUGCUCUUUUUUGGAUUCAAGAAACAAAUCUGUACCGAGGUUAUAUGAGUUUGAGCUGGACAUUUUUGGGUUCCAGCAAAUUAUGA